CGCGUUUUAUUGCGCCGCCACGGAUUUCAGUGUGCAUGGACCGGCUGUUUUGAGCCGUGAAAGUGACAAGAGGAGGGGGGGGAAGAUGUUCGUACGAUGCUAUCGGGGCAAACUGUCGGUGUGGGCCGCUCUGUGCGUGCUGGUGCUCUGCUGGUUUUAUAUUUUCCCCGUCUACAGGAUCCCACGCGAUAAAGAAAUAGUGGAAGAUGUGCUGAGGCAAGGGGAACAGUGGCAGAAGAACCACACUGGCAUCGAUUUGUACAGGAAGUUGCUGUCAGAAUGCUGCGAUCCACGGAAGAUGUUUGCCGUGACCAAGGAGAACUCCCCAAUAGGAAAGGUCCUGUGGUACGAUGGCGAGUUUUACCACUCGCACACAGUCAACAAUGACACCUACCCACUCUUUGUGCCGGACAACCCUCUGCCGCUACCCCUGAAGAAGUGUGCGGUGGUGGGCAAUGGCGGCAUCCUCAGGAACAGCAAAUGCGGGCGAGAAAUUGACCAGGCUGACUUCAUCAUGCGGUGUAACCUUCCACCACUUUCAAAGGAAUAUAUGGGGGAUGUUGGAAACAGAACACAUCUAGUGACAGCCAACCCCAGCAUCAUAGAGAAAAGGUUUCAGAACCUUCUGUUGUCGAGAAAAGAUUUUGUGGAAAAGAUGAAGAUCUACGGCUCCAGCUACAUCUACAUGCCAGCAUUCUCUAUGAAGCCUGGCACCGACCUGUCAAUGCGGGCGCAUUACGCCCUGGCAGACACCUCCUCCAACCUCACCGUGCUCUUUGCCAACCCGGAGUUCCUGCACACUGUGGGAAAAUUCUGGAAGGCCCGCGGCGUGCAUGCCAAACGCCUCUCCACGGGGCUCUUCCUGGUCAGCUUGGCCUUGGGGCUGUGCGAGGAAGUGACGACUUACGGUUUCUGGCCGUUUUCCGUUGACCUAGACGAGCAGCCAGUCAGUCAUCAUUACUACGACAACAUCCUGCCCUAUAAGUGGUUCCAUGCCAUGCCGGAGGAGUUUGUCCGACUUUGGCACCUGCACAAAAGCGGUGUGCUCCGUGUGAGGGUGGGACACUGCCCCCCUCAGGAGAAAGGAAGUUCAGUUGGUUACAGAAAGCACAUGAAGAUUUAAGGGUUGCAAGCCAGCAGGAAGCUGAUGUCAUGACACACGUGUGCACAUAAUAUUUCCUCUGAGGAACCCCCGGUACUGCAUCUGUGUCCAUACACCGCUCCCCCAUCCCUAAAUAUUAUGAAAAUGUCCUCC